CCUUUCCCACGAAACCCCGCUACAGCUUGUCCCACAGGGUCUUUAUCAUUUUCUAGUUCCUGGAUUAUAGGAUGGGUCAAUUGAUUCUAUAGUCUCAUUAAAUCUGACACUGGCCUUUCAAAACCCCACUGGAAUGUACCAGCCUUUUUGGAGGCCGACAGCGCUGAUCAGAUACAACCAUUUGCACUGCUUCACAGUCCGGAACUUCUCCAAAAUGGGGCGCACAUAUAAUGAUGCUAUCGUCGCGCUCAAUUCGCUUCAGUCGAAUUACUCGAUUGUCCAGAAGAUCCGCAAAUCGGGGGGACGGAUGAAUGAGCAAGCCAUGACUGAGAUGGUAGAAUGGUGUGAAAAGGUUGGAUACAAGCCAUCGGACUUUAACAAGCUGAAUGUAAUCCAUAUCGCGGGGACGAAAGGCAAGGGCUCGACAUGCGCUUUCAUCUCUUCGAUUCUUUCUCAGUACGCCCACCUACAGACUUCCCAGGGCGUCGAGUCGUCCUCCGAGCCGAAAAUCAGCAAAAUCGGCCUUUACACAUCCCCACACCUUCGAUUCGUCCGCGAACGGAUACAAAUUAAUAACACACCGCUCUCCGAGGAGCAAUUUGCUAAAUACUUCUUCGAAAUAUGGGAUCGAUUGGAAGAAUCUGCGCGAAAAAGUGGCAUGGACCCCACCGACCCGGCCGGAAAGCCCAUCUACUUCCGGUACCUUACGCUUAUGGCAUGGCAUACGUACCUGAGAGAAGGUGUGGAUGCCGCCAUUAUAGAGUGUGGGAUUGGAGGGGAGUAUGAUAGUACAAAUAUUUUGGAUAAACCUAUUGUUGCAGGUAUUUCGAGCUUGGGGAUUGAUCACGUUGAGCUGCUAGGUGAUUCAAUCGAACAGAUUGCCUGGCAUAAAGCUGGAAUUAUUAAGCCCGGAUCGAUAGCCUAUACCGCGCCACAGCCAGAAGCGGCUUUGGAUGUUUUGAAGCGGAGAGGAGAAGAGAAGGGAGUCGAAGUGGAAGUUGCCUCAGGGCACCCGGAGCUAGCACCUGGAAAAGUUCAAUUGGGCUUGUCGGGCGAUUUUCAAUAUAAGAAUGCGGAACUGGCGGUGGCUAUCUCAACUUCGUUUUUAAGAGCAAGAGGCGUUGCGGAUGUGCCAUCGUAUGCUAACGGGGAGCCUCUAACAGAGCCAAUUCUACGAGGCCUGGAAAAUACCCGCUUGGCCGGAAGGUGUGAGGUCAGGCGAGAGAAGAAUAUUGCCUGGCACAUUGACGGAGGCCAUACGCCAGAAAGCAUUGAAGCCACGGGGAGAUGGUUCUCUUCGCAGCCGUACACCAGGAAUGCUCUGGAUGGAGGAAAUGGCAAGACUCAGGUCUUGAUAUUUAACCAGCAAUCUCGUGACAGUUCUGCUCUAGCGCGUGCCCUCUAUAGCAUAUUGUCCGCAGGAAAUUGCUCCUUUACCCAUGCCGUGUUCUGCACGAAUGUCACAUUUAAAGAAGCAGGAUAUCGGCCGGACCUUGUGAGUAUAAAUGCAAAUGCCACAGAGGUGGAGAAAUUGAGCGUGCAAAACAGCCUCGCAAAGAUGUGGCGGGAGAUGUCGCCAGAUACCACCGUUGAAGUGAAAGGCACGAUUGAAGAGGCGGUUGAAUAUGCCCGAAAUCUAGCAUCUGGCGAAGGCGAUGCUAUGGUCUCCGUACUUGUGACGGGCAGUCUACACCUAGUUGGCGGCCUGAUUGAGGUAUUAGAGACGAAGCCUUGGCCAGAGUGAGGUAACAAACCCGGUUAUAACUGUAUAACAUCGCAUUUUUCAACAAUCUUUAAAACAUGAUGUUUGACUAAACCUCCACGGGGUUUCUUCCCCUUUCUAAGAGUCAUCUCUCCCGCAUGGGUUUCAACGCCCUUACAGAUUUCCGCAUCCUUAUCUCCAAAAGAUUCUGCAGCACCGCGCACGUUUAGUUUUGCAAAACAGGUUUUCCCGAUGUGUCCUGGAUCAAUAAUCCCGCCCCAAAGCUGAAUCCCCCCUUACUUUUCCUAGCUUGGUGGAUUCAGCGUGUUUGCCCAGUUAUCUUACCAGUGGGAUAUUUCUAACCUCCUCCGCUGGGGGUCCCGCCCUGGCGGAAGGCCAUUAGGAAUCGGGGUUGGUGGUUCUGGGAAAACAGCAAGGACGAGCUUUCGCUUCUGGUACACUUUUGGCUGAGACAUCAUUUAUUUAUUUCCCGCUUCUUGUAAAGAAGAGCGGGUUGGCAUCACUUUUCUUUGUUGUACACAUUAUCAUAGAUUGCGGGGCAGAGUAGUUAGUAUUAUCUGGCGGCGAUGCCUCAUUUUGCGGUGGCGGCGGGGUGGAACUGGCGGACAGACGCUGCGAACAAAGCUAAACGGGAACUCGUUACACCUGA